AUGGGACAAAACAGACAACCUGAACUCUACACAGCGGCGCUUGUACCUUAUGUAGCUGCUGCGAUUGCACUAGUCUCUCGGCUGGCUUCUCGCCGUCAGACUAGGCAUGCUUUGGUGUGGGAAGAUAUUUUGGCUGUUAUUGCCUUCUCCAACGGAAGCGCCUUUACCUUCAUUAGCAUAUACAAGAUGCGAUGGGGCCUAGGAAAGCCACUUCAAGACGUGGACAUGCCAGAGGAUGAGAUUGUGUACCAUUAUUUCUUGGACCUUUGGGUAGACAUGUGGUUCUACACAUUCUCCGUUGGGCUGUCGAAGUUCGUGAUACUAGGCUUCUACUGGAGAACCUUUUCACUUUCAAUCAUUAGGCAGCCUAUUAGAAUCCUCUUUGUCUGCUCGGUAGUUUGGAUCAUCGUCAGAGUCACACUCAUCUCUAUGCAAUGUCAACCGAUUCGGAAAUUUUGGCAUAAAGACGUCCCGGGCAAAUGCCCUCUGACACCGAUGCUGUCGCUCUUUGCAGCAAGCAUACCGCACUUCAUUCUGGAAGUUGCAAUACUGCUGUGUCCACUCAUCGAGAUCUAUAGACUUCACAUCUCAGCCGCACGUAAGAUCGCCGUGGCAGCCAUGUUUGCAUCCGGGCUACUAGUCUGCGGCUCAGCACUUGGCACUAUCAUUCAUACUGUCGCGCUAGGUAGAAAGAACAAUCAGGACCUCACUUACGAUGGCAUCGACGACCAGAUAUGGGCAGUGUGCGAUGUAAACUUGGCAUCCUUCGCAACAUCCCUCCCUCUUCUUCGCCCCAUUCUUCGCUCUUGUGGUGGCAUAUUCACCUAUCUGAGGUCAAGCGACAGGUCCAUUGCACCCAGUAAUUACGGCAAUACAAACUCCGUCCCGACAUUUGGUAAUACUGAGUCUACGAUCGAGCUUGCUGGUGAAUUUCGUGGCCACAGAGGCGAGCGCCGUGGCAGGAUAUCUGCUCUGCAUAAGGACGAGUGCGAACACGAGUGCGAGCAUGACCUGCACCACGAUGGCGAAGACAAGGUUGAGACACGAGGUGGUGUACAUAUACGCACCUUACACUCAAUACUUUCCCUGAUCGAAAUGGCUUCUCACCUCAUUACUGGCUCAUCCCGAGGAAUUGGCCUUGGCUACGUUACGAUCCUAGCUCGCAAAGACGCGUCUAAAGUUAGCAAGAUUUUCGUCGCCGCUCUCUCUGAGAACUCUGCGCUUAAGAAGUUGAUUUCUGUAUCAGCUGGUCGCAUCGAGUUUGUCCCUCUACAGGUGACGUCCGAAGAAAGUGCUAAGAAGGCAGCGCAGCAUGUUGAGCGCUCUCCGGGUGAACAGGGCCUCGAUUUUCUUAUCAAUAACGCUGGCGUUCCAAGUAACACUGAGGGUGGUAUUGAGAAUAUGACAGAUCUUACCGAAGUGCUAAACAUCAAUGUCUUUGGGGUGCAUAAUGUCACCAGAGCCUUCCUGCCGAUCCUUAGAAGGGUUCUUCAAGCCUCGGCUCAAUGGCCCUAUCUAUCAGCGAUAUUCAAGUUCCAGCCUACUCCUGCGUACAAGGUAUCGAAAGCCGCACUUAACAUGCUUACCGUGCAGCGGGCAGAAUCGCUCGAAAAAGACGGUUUUACGGUGCUUACUGUCUGCCCUGGCUGGGUUAAGACAGACAUGGGAACUGAGGCGGGCCAUUUGACUGCUGAGAGCGUAACUGGGGGUCUUAAGGUUAUCUUUGGACAUACUGCCGCAGAUAGUGGCAAGUUCUUCGUCAUCGAUCUUCCUAGCAAGGAGGUCAAUGGGGAGAAGAUCUAUGAUGGUUCUGUUCGUCCAUACUAG